AUUGUGAUCACGAAUUCCUGCCCGGACCGGAUUUGGCCUGGGAUUACUACGCAGAACGGCGACGGAGCCUCUGACGGCUUUGCGUUGAAUGCAGGAAGCAAGCGCACCAUCAAUGUUGCCUCAAACUGGGAGGGACGGAUAUGGGGUCGCACAAACUGUACAUUCCCCGAUGGCGAUAAUGCAAAUGGACAUUGUUUGACAGGCGAAUGCGGCGCACUGAAAUGUAAACAAGCUGGAAAUCCUCCUGCGACACUCGCUGAGUUCACCAUGGAUGGCGGAGCUGAUCAGACUUUUUACGAUUUGAGCUUGGUGGAUGGAUACAAUUUACCUAUGGCCAUCGUGUUCAUGGCAAAUGGGGUCGGCGAGCUGGAAACGGUCAAAGGAAGUGAAAGCAAUCCGUCGUGCGUGGGAAGCGUGAAUGACUUGGCACCUCCCGGCUUCGAUCCCUACGCAAACAAUCAGCAAUUUCUUGGAACAACGUCGGCCGAUGAGCUACCGUUCGACACCAAAAAUACUGCCCAGACUGUGACAAGUUGGUGUCCUUGGGAUUUGCAGGUCAACGCGCCGGCAGCUCCUGGCGAUGGAGUCUACCCUUACCCGGAUGGAAAUGUCAAGCGACCUGCAUUCAAUCCUUGCAACUCGGCAUGUGCCAAAUACAACAAGGAUAAGUACUGUUGUAAAGGCAAAUACGAUACGCAUCCCAAUUGUCCGCCAAAUUACUACUCGAAGGCGGCCAAAAGUAUCUGUCCCGAUGCAUACUCGUACGCGCACGACGAUCAGAAAAGUACCUUCACCCAAGCGAAGGGAGGAGAGUUUGAGGUGGUCUUUUGUCCUGGGGGCCGGAGUACCAACAUUCUU